AUGUCUCAUCAAAUCCAAAGCUUCUCGCGGAACAACUGUGUGCUUCUCGCGGUGCUGUGUGGCAAGUAUGCUGAGAAGCGCGCACCAGCAGCAAGGUCUGGGCUGGAGGCGAAGCGGCCGCGGCCGUCGUACCCGUUCCCGGAGCUCAGCUCGGCUGGGAGAUUGGAGGUCCACACCCUGUUCAAUCCUACACCAGAGCAGUUCCUAGAGGCGCAGCGGGUGGUGCAGCCAAACUUCUUGUACAUCCAGGGUCAGCAGCUUGAGGAUGAGAAGGAGAUUGGCUCACUUGUGUGGGGGGACGCCGAUGUCUCUGAUCCGCAGGCGUUUAGCACUCUUAUCAGCCCACCAUUCCCAACAAUAGUAUAUCUGGAAGUUCCUAUUGGUGAAAAACUUGCCCAAGCGGUUCACUCAAAGGGGAUCCCAUAUGUAAUAUACUGGAGAAAUUCAUUCUUGUCUUAUGCCGCAUCUCAUUUUCGCCAUGCGUUGAUGUCAGUAGUUCAAAGUUCGGUGAGCCAUACUUGGGAUGCUUUUCAGCUUGCUCAUGCAUCCUUCCGUCUAUAUUGUGUAAGAAACAAUCACGUGCAAAGUGUUAAGCUUGGUCCUCGUCUCCUUGGGGAUGCUCCAAAAAUAAAUAUAAGCCCACCUGAGACUGAAAUGGUUGAUGAAGAAGGUUCUUCUGAAGUGACCCCGGCUAUAAAAAUAUACGAUGAAGAAAUCAACAUGAAAUUACUUCUAUGUGGAGUGCCAUGCAACUUGGAUCCUUGUUUAUUGGGCUCUUUAGAAGACGGUCUGAAUGCACUUCUGAAUAUUGAAAUUCGUGGGAGCAAACUGCAGAAUCGAAUCAGUGCUUCUCCACCACCUCUCGAAGCUGCAUCUCUACCACGUGGGAUGGUUACUAUGCGCUGUGAUAUCACUACUUGCAGCAUUUCCCAUGUGUCACUCCUCGUUUCUGGUAGCGCGCAGACUUGUUUUGAUGACCAGCUUCUAGAGAGCCACAUCAAGAAUGAAAUUAUUGAGAAGAGCCAGUUAGUCCGUGCUCUCUCAAAUAGUGAGGACAAGUUACCAUCAAGCGAGCCUCUAACUUCCAUGUCCACGGCUUGUGGGGCUUCUACCUUUGAAGUUUGGAUGUCACUUCCUAAGUGGGCAGCACAGGUCCUGAAGCAUCUAGCGCCAGAUAUACAAUACAGGAGCUUGGUUGCACUUGGUAUUGGUUGUAUAAAUGGUACUCCUGUUGCUUCCUUUGAGAGGCGAGAUGCAGACCGUCUUCUUUUCUUUUGCACAAGUCAGUGCAAAGAUUUGGCUAAUGAAAAUGGUCCAUAUUUUCAUCUGCCAAGAUGGUCAGCCUCCCUUACCAAGGACAGAACAAAGGUGGGUUCAGAAUCAAAACAAAAUCUGUUGGGUGCAAAUGGAGUUUUGGAAGACAAGAAGCAUAUGAUGGAAGGGCCUUCCUCAUUGUCAGCCGUCAAGGCUAAAUUAAAGCCUGCAACUAUGAGGCCCAUUCCUCACUCUCGAAAACAACAAAUGCAUCCUUUUAUGGGUUUACCUGAAACUUCCCUUCAUGAAACUAUUAUUGUGAAGCCAAGCUUGCCAGUUGCGCCAACUGUUAAGCACAAUUCAGUUUCUUCUGCCCCAACCACGCACAGAAAAUCAACAUCAGGGCCAUCUCAUACUCCUUCAGUCAUUCAAUUGAAUCCUGUGCCAAUGAAGAAACAUGGAUGUGAUAGGUUGCCUAUCCAAGUAUGCUCUGAGGAGGACUUCUUGAAGGAUGUCAUGCAGUUUUUAAUCCAGAGGGGCCACAAUCGACUUGUACCUCACGAAGGACUAGCUGAAUUUCCUGAUGCAAUCCUUAACGCCAAGCGCCUUGAUCUUUAUAACUUGUACAAGGAGGUGGUGUCUAGAGGUGGAUUUUAUGUGGGUAAUGGCAUAAACUGGAAGGGUCAAGUCUUCUCAAAGAUGCGUAACCAUACUGCAACAAACAGAAUGACUGGUGUAGGGAAUACACUGAAAAGGCAUUACGAAACAUACUUGUUGGAAUAUGAGUUAGCGCAUGAUGAUGUGGAUGGCGAAUGCUGCUUACUUUGUCACAGUAGCGCACCUGGAGAUUGGGUGAACUGUGGUUUAUGUGGUGAAUGGGCUCACUUUGGUUGCGACAGACGGCAAGGACUAGGCACUUUCAAGGAUUACGCUAAGACAGACGGUUUGGAAUACAUCUGCCCCCACUGUAGCUUAGCAAACUACAAGAAGAAGCCACCACCACCAAAAGCAGCUAACGGUUUUGCAAAUACAGCAUCUGUACCACGAAAUGUUUAA